AUGAACUGCUCAGUAUGUCUGCUCGAGCCAGCACGAUAUACUUGUCCCAAAUGUGGGAAAAAAACCUGCUCUUUAGCGUGUGUCAAGGCCCAUAAAGCCCAAGACAACUGUUCUGGCACGGUCAGUUCAACAGCAACCUAUUUGGCCCGAGAAGACCUCAAAGCCGCUGAUACUUCCGACGGAAGCAACCUGCUGGUUCAAAGAGACUAUAAUUAUCUUUUGGGCAUGAACAGACAGCUGGAACUGCUGAAACGGGAUGGAAAACAGAAAAACAAACGGGCCUUGGCACCUGCUCACAGCUACAACAACCAGGCACAUCACAAGAGACAACAGCGAUCAGAAUCUCAGCCGCAUGUGAUAAGAAGAGGUGUCUGCUGUGCUCUGCUCCCAAAAGGAAUGCAAAGAGCGGUUCAAAAUAAGAGUAGAUGGGACAAAAACCUCGAUCUGUUUGUAUGGUCUAUCGAGUGGUGCGUUUUGUCCCCGCAAGGAACAAUUGAGAUACAUCACACAAGUCACAGAAACAAGGAAACAGACCCUUUGGCAGAGUGUGUGGGCAAAGUCGUCCAAGCAAAAUGUAACGAACUUUUCAGCUCAUCGUCGGAGAACCAAAAUUCCGGCCAAGAUCCUAACCAAGAACAAGCAUUACAUCAAGAUCAUCCAGCGAAUGAGGAAACAGAGUGUUCAGCUAUGCCAAAGCACCAAGAUGAAGAAAUAUCGACUGGUCUAAAUACUAAAGAUUCAUCAGCCGAGCCACCGCACCAGGAAAUCAUUAAACAAGCGAAGAUGGAUUGGAUAUCGCUGCUUCGUUUGCAAUUUUUCAUCAAAUGGUAUCCUCGAGACUCUGACAUUUUUGGCGACCCCAAAAAGCUCAUUCCUCUGGACCCCACGAGGAGUAUAGGUGAGCUCUUCAGAGAUAAAGUGGUUGUAGAGUACCCUACAAUCUACAUUUCUCAAGAAGGAUGUCCCUUGGGUAAUGGAUUUUCUUUGGUGAAUCAAAACCCGUCAACAAAAGCUCUAGCCCAGUCUUCCAGUGAAGAUUCAACAGCAAGCUCCGACUCAGAUUCGAGUAGUAGUGACUCUUCCAGCGACUCUGAUGAGGAGCCGCCGGAAGCAUCGAGUAGAGUUGUACCUGCUCCUGGCACCAAUUUUGCGCAACCUCCUACAAAUGCUGCUCCAACACAGUCACAUCAAGCCACCAGCAAGAGUGAUAAUAGCGACGAUGAUGAUGAAGACGAUUACACUCCCGGUAUCUCUCUGGACUUUCUCGCUGAUUAG